AUGCAGUCAAACAUCAACCUGCUCCUCAUAUCAUUACUAUGCCUGUUGGCUGACGCUUGUCUCCCUGGUCAUCAAGCGCGGGAUAUGUCAAGUACCCACGUUGAGACACAGCUGAAAUUACUUCAAGCUCGAAGCCAGAGAGCACCACCAACAGCCAAAACAGCCCUCAUCAACGUCCGUGUCUUUGACGGCUGGAGCAUCGGAAAACCUAGCACUGUGGUUAUCGACGGGGACAAAAUAACCUUGGAUACCCGGCACGUACAGAAGACCAUCGAUGGAAAAGGAGGUGUCCUACUCCCGGGGCUGAUUGAUAGCCAUAUUCACCUGAGCUCGCUGGCCAGCCUUGAGACACUGAGCAGCUAUGGCGUAACAACCGCCAUGAACAUGGGAUGCGACAACUACACGUUAUGCUCAGCCUUCCGCGAGCAAGUCGGACUGACUUCCUUUUUCAGCGCUGGAGAGUCCGCUGUCGCACCAAACAGCACGCAUGCAACAGUCUUUGGUGCCAUAGGCUUGAUGCAUUCACCAUCCCAAGCACCAGAAUUUGUGGCCAAUGUCUUUAGAAACGGGUCGGAUUAUAUGAAGCUAAUCGCAGAAUCGAACGGCUUCAACCAAGCUACACAUAAUGCUCUUGUCAGUGCGACACAUGCAUUAGGCAAGGUCUCUAUGACUCAUGCCCAGGAUUUCGCCUCAUAUGAAGUUGCAAUAAGCUCAAAGACCAACGGUAUCCAACACGUGCCGUUCGACAUCCCGCUCACGGAAGAGAUGGCACAAGUCAUCAAACGACAGGCUCAACAUGUGACACCGACACUGAACAUUGGCAAAAUCGUCACGGAGAAUUCGACCAUCGAAUCGAUCGUUUCUCCGGGAGUGAGCCUGACUUACGAAGCAGGAGUGAUCAGUGUGCAACGGCUGAUACGCGCGGGUGUCCCGAUCCUUGCUGGGACCGACGCAAUUGACGCAGCUGGCAGUUUUCUUAAAGGUGAUCUGAUUGGGAUUACUCUGCAUCGAGAGCUUCAGUAUCUGGUGGAGGCGGGCAUGAGUGAGGUGGACGUACUGCGGGCGGCGACGGUGGUUCCUAGUAUUUUGCAUAAUUUGACGGGGAGAGGAUCUAUUGAAGAGGGAUAUCGCGCCGAUUUGAUCUUGCUUAAACCAGGCAGCGACCCGCUAAAGAACAUUUCGAAGACAAUGGAUAUUGCAAGGGUUUGGACUGGGGGGUUUGAACAUGUGCCAGUAGUAUAA